CAAGAAGCUUUGUGUAUAUAACUCCAAGGGCUACAAGACAAAGUCAAACAGACAAGCAAGACCCCAACUUUUGGCCGUGUACUCUUUGCAAAUCAAGAGUGAAAACCUCAGAAAAUGUGUAAAGGAUUAGCUGCCUUGCCUCAGACCUGUCUGGAGAGGGCUAAGGAGAUAAAGACUAAAUUAGGAAUCCUGCUCCAGAAGCCAGAGAAUGGCAUUGAUCUAAUAAUUCCAUGCCCAGAGAAGUUGGAGAAGAAGCCAGAGAAGCUUCAUAAACCACCCCCUGAUGAAGCCGUGCAAUGGCGUGAGUCCCUGGACAGAGUUCUCAUUAACAGCUAUGGUCUGGCUGCUUUCAGAAGCUUCCUGAGGUCUGAGUUCAGUGAGGAGAACAUUGAGUUCUGGGUGGCUUGUGAGGACUUCAAAAAGACGAAGUCCCUCGUGAAAAUGGCAGCCAAAGCUAAAAGGAUCUAUGAGGAAUUCCUUACAACAGAAGGUCCCAGAGAGGUGAAUAUUGACCACUUCACAAAGGAUGUGACACUGAGGAACCUGGUGGAGCUGUCCCCGGCCACAUUUGACCUGGCUCAGAAACGUAUCUAUGCCUUGAUGGAGAAGGACUCCUUCGCCAGGUUUUUGAGAUCAGAGCAGUAUCAGGAACUGAUCAACUGAAUUGCCUGACUGCAUGAGGUAUUAUGGGGGUUCUGAUCAUGGUGCCCUUAUUAAAAAUAAAUCCCAUUCGUGGAACAAUACAAAAGUAUGACAUUCUAUCUGAAUCAAAUAUGCCAAAUUUAACACUACUAUUUAUCAGAUGGCAUGUCCUUCUAAAGAUCUAAAUCGGUAAUAAGUGAUUGACAGUCCCAUGUCCUUGCCAAUGUUAAAAUAAUUAUACAAAGUUAAGGAAAGUAAUGGAAAAACUUACAUUCCAUACAUUUACUCCAAAAAUUCCUGUUUCAUCCACCAGUUAAUUUUAACAAAUAGUUAAUAUAAGCAUAUUCGGUGAUUUUUUUAAAAUAUUAUUUCAUAAAAAAGCAAUAAAGGUAAAAAAAAAAGUUCAAAAGUGACAUUAUAAUUGGAAAAAAAAAUAGGAAAAAAAAAAUGUG